CGUCGACGUACUAUUUUCACAACAGCACAGCUCUCAAUCUCAGCUCUCACACACAGUUAAUUCCCCUUCACAAUGACAAACGAAAAAGUCCUCGCCAUGCGCGAAGCAGUCCUCCGCGCAGAACAAGAACAAAUCGCAACUUUACCCACGUAUGAUACUGAAUUAGAAGAAUUCGAUACUACAGUAGAGCUACCUUUGAAUGGAUCCGAUGAGAAGGGAGGUGACGGUCUCCCGCUUAAAAUCAUACGGCGGAAGAAUAAUGAGGAUGACAACAACAACAACAACAACAACAACACAACAUCAUCUCAGCGCAAAGAAAACCCUCGUCCCCUCAUCCUCUUAUUCCACGGCGCCUGCUACUUAGCCGGAACACCUAAUAUGCUUCUCCGUCCUGGACGAGAAUUUGCAUUAGAGCUUGAUGCAGUUGUGCUGCUAGCUACUGUACGUAAAGCGCCGGAGUUUCGUUUUCCGAUACCGUUUCAAGAUGGGGCAUAUGUGGCGCAAUGGGCUGUAGAGAAGAGUUGUUCUUUUGGAGCUGAUGUUGAAAAUGGUGGUGGGUUUGUGAUUGGGGGGUAUUCGGCUGGGGCACAGAUUGCGGCUGUGGUUGCUGGGAAGAGGAGGGAAUUGGGGUUGGAGAAUGUUGUUACGGGGUGCUUUUUGGGGAUUCCGUUGGUUUUGGGGGAGGAGAUUGUUCCGGAGGGGUUGAAGGGGGUUUGGGAUGAGGCAGAGUUGAUGGGGGAGGAGGAGGCGCAGAUGAAGGUUGUUUUGGAUGAGAUGUUGGGGUAUUUGGGGGCUGAUGUGAGGUCGGAGUGGUUUUCGCCUUUUAAUUGUGAAGAUGGGCUGAAGGGGUUUCCGGCUGUGUAUAUGCAGGCUGGGGGGAAGGAUAUUUUGUGUCGGGAUGCGGUGGUGUUUGAGGCGGCGUUGAAGGAGGUGGAUGGGCCGGUGAAGCUGGAUGUUUAUUCUCAGAUGGGGCAUGCUGGGUAUACCAUAUGGGCGCAGGGAAAUGGCGAGCACAAUCCACCGGGAUUGAAGGAGGGGACGAUAGAUGGGAUGAGAUGGCUGCUGGAGAGAGGGAAAGGUGCGUAGGAGAGGUUUGACAGGCGG